CUAGAACAGGUAUGAGAGGCUGCUAGGAGAAGCAGGAGAUGGCUCCACAGUUUCUGUAGACCUGGCAAGAUCUUCCAGAGCCUAUCAGGACUCAGGAGUGGUGAACUUUUAGAGAUUUCCUUCCUACCAGGAGUGUCCAAGGAGUGAGAAGGGCUGUGUACUUCCUAAAUUGAUUCUCCAGGGCUGCUGAGCCAGGCUGUGGCUGGACUUUGAGACAGCAGCAGUGUCUCACUUUGGGGGAAAUGACCUGCUACCAGUCACUGGGCCAAACCUAUCGUAAAAAAAUGGAAGAGCUCCAGAAGAGUGAAGGAGGUGCCUCCUCCGCAGCAGGCAGAGAUGAAGAUGGCUCUACUCCAGGGUCACCGCAGUUGAGGAUCCUCCUGGUGGGCAAAUCUGGCAGCGGGAAAAGCGCCACAGGGAACAGCAUCCUCUGCCGACCAGCAUUUGUGUCCAAGUUAGGAGCUCAGUCAGUGACCAGGACCUGCCAGAGAGAGACAGGCACAUGGAACGGGAGGACCAUCCUGGUGGUGGACACACCCUCCAUCUUUGAGUCAAAGGCCCAAGAGAUGUACAAGGACAUCGGAGACUGCUACCAGCUGUGUGCCCCAGGGCCCCAUGUGCUGUUGCUGGUGACCCAGCUGGGGCGCUUCACGGCUCAGGACACCAUGGCAGUGAGGAGGGUGAAGGAGAUCUUUGGGGCAGGGGCCAUGAAGCACAUGAUCGUCCUCUUCACCCAUAAGGAAGAUCUAGCUGAUGAGUCCUUGGAUGAUUAUGUGGUCCACACGGACAAUCAAAACCUUCAGCGCCUUGUCCAGGAGUGUGGAAGGAGGUACUGUGCCUUCAACAACCGGACCACAGGGGCGGAGCAGCGGGGGCAGCUGGUGGAGCUCAUGGCCCUGGUAGAGCAUCUGGAGCAGGAAUGUAAGGACUCUUUCUACAGCAAUGGCCUCUUCCUUGAUGCCCAGGUUCUGAACCAAGGAGAACACAGGGACUACCAGGAAGCCCACAGGCAGUACCUGGCUAAGGUGAGACAGCAGGUGGAGAAGCACAGGCAGGCGCUGAAGGAGGAGGAAAGUAACUGGGUGGUCAAGAUGUUCCUCAGAGGCAGAAAUUGGAUGACUUUACAUUAUGAGAUUUGUGUUGGUUUUGUUUGGUGCAGUUUAUUUCUUUCUCUUAUUUUUCUGAUCAUAUUUCACCAUGCUUGAUGGUUUGUGUUUAAGAGCACAUUCUAAAGCAUCACGUCAGGAUUCAUGUCUGUACAAAUCACCCUUUCAGCAACUGACUCUCAGGGUCUGCAGAGAGCUUGCCGCUCUGGGCCACCUAGUUUCUCCUUGUAGAACGCCGGCUUGGUUCAGCCUUCUACCCUCAGCUCCAUUCUAAUCCCAUUCUCUUUGCCAAUGUCGGAUUCAGAAAUGAGCCUGCUACUCCAUGACAACAAAGGAGACGUGAACAAGUCUUUGGAGGCUGAGCCGUACGGUUCUCCUUCCCCAGAGAGACCCACAGAAAGAGCCAGUCUCUCUUCUUCCUCUGAACAUGGUUGGUCCUGGAACUUCCACAGCCGUCUUCUCCCACACCGAAAGAGAAGGCCACACUUUGAAGCAGAACGAAGAGAUGGAGCGGAAUCAAGCUCCCAAAUGGAUUGCCCUGAAACCUCCCCCAUUUCUGCAUUUUCAAGUCUGUUAGCCAGUAAACUUCCUAAUUGUCGGAGUGAUUUAAGUUUCAAGUCUCUUUGCACAUCUGAAAGCAUUUGAAGUCUUCAUAUUACUUUUGUCUUCAAUUGAUUUUUUUCAAAAUAACUUUUGAAGUGGCUGUGUGUACAUUGACCAUAGUACUGGGUUUUGAAGGAACGUUUUCACAGACGUAUGUAGUGCAUCGAGCACAUCCCUUCGUCCUGCUCCCGAUUCCUCUACUCUUCUUUCCUCCCUCCAAUUAGUCCCCUUUGUUCCCUAGACAGCUUAACUUAUACAUGUAUGACUCUAUGUAUCUAUAAAAUCCAGAGUCUACAUAUGAAAGAAAACAUUCAGUAUUUGUCUUUCUAAGGCUGACUUAGUUUGCUUAAUAUGGUUAUCUUCCUUUGCAUCUAAUGUUUCACAAAUGAUAAAACUUCAUUAUUCUUUAUGGCUGAGUAAAAUCCCACACCAUGUUUUCUUUGUCUGUUCUUCUGCUUGGGGACAUCUAGGUUGUUGCAUAACCUAG